AUGGCCAAGGACUACCCGGAUUUCCAGCCCCUGGACGUGCAUGAGGAGCUGGGCCCGCACCUCCCAGCAGGGCCCUCCCCCUCCCACGCCAUGGCCUGGACGCGCCUCCUGCCGCCUUCCCGCCUGGCACUGCUGGCACUGGUGCUGGGCUUAGGCCUGAGCCUGGGCAGCAUUGCCCUGAGCGUGCGCAGGCACAGCCUGGCACAGCGCCUAGGGCAGCUAGAGCACACGCUGGCCCGACUGGAGGCGGCGCAGGGGCAGGAUCGGGCCCACCAGUGGUGCCGGGCCCUGGGCGCCCGCCUCGUCGUCAUCAACACCCCCGCCGAGCAGCAAUUCGUGCAGCAGCACACAAUACCGACCUUUACCUGGAUCGGCCUCAGCGAUGCCAAGGGGAAGUGGGAGUGGGUCGAUGGGACCCCCUACAUCUUGGACCCCCGGGACUGGAGCCCAGGGCAGCCGGACAACUGGACAGGGCAUGGGCAAGGGGACGGGGAGGAUUGUGUGGUGGUGACAGAGGAGGGGCUCUGGAAUGAUGACAGAUGCUCUCGCGGCUUCCCUUGGGUGUGCGAGGUCACCUUGGACCCGCCCCUUGCAAGCCCCUCCCCCCAGGAGGCAGGGCCAGAUGGGGCCAGGUCCCACUCUCCUCCCUAGCCCAACCACAUCCCCUUCAAGAAAGGGAGAAGGGAGGGGGCUGAGUGACCUUGCCCCUCCCUCUCUGGCCAUGCCCCCUUCCCCUGGUCCUGGGGAGAGGGGAAGGGGGGGAGCUGGUUUGAAUUGGACUGGAUUGGAUGGCAAUUUGCAUAUAUUAUCAUAGGAGGGGGUGGAUUAAAUCCAGGUCACAUUGGGGCUGGAUCCACCUCUGGGUGCUCCCACUCGGGGACGCCACUAGGUUGGCCCACCUGGAGCUCUUGGUCCCUUCUCCCAGAGACCUGGGUCCCUUCUUGGACGCCUGGGUCCCCUCCCUGGACACUUGGGUCCCCUACGGCGGCAGCAUAGAUUGGGGCUGGAUCCAUGCCUGGGUGUGCCUACCCAGGGUCGCCGGUUCGGUUGUCCCACAUGGAGCUCUUAGUCCCUUCCCAACACUCACCUGGGUCCCUUCUUGGACACCUGCGUGCCUUUAUCCACCUGGACACCUGACUCCUCACCCCUAAUGCCUGGGUCUCCCAUGAUAGCAGGUCAGAUUGGGGCUGGAUCUAUCCCUGGGGCACCCACCCAGGGACCAUGGUUCAGUUGUCUCACCUGGAGCUCCCAGUCCCUUCUCCCAGAUGCCUGGGUUCCUUCUCAGACACCUGGGUCCCCUCAUCCACCCGGAUGUCUGGGUCCCCUUCUGGGUCCCCCUGGGUGCCUGGGUCCCCCAUGACGGCCAUGCUCCCUGUUGCAGGCAGUGGCAGCCAGGGCAGCCGGAUGACUGGACAGAGCACGGGCUGGGGGGCGGGGAGGACUGCGCCCACCU